UAUAAGAACGUUUAUAUGUACCAUUCCAACUCCGUGUUUAAAUCUUGGCAAUACUAUAAAAGGUGAACAGUGAGCCAGUAAAGAGACAGUUUGAAGGCUGCAUGGGGAGUGACGCUACACAUUGGAAUUGAUUGCUUCUUUUUUCAUUUUGUUAACCAACAUAUCGAUGAUUUCCGUGUCAAACUAACACACAGGCGGUAAAAGCCCGAAUCAGGCUUUCUUAUUGGGAUUAAAAGAAGAAAGUAUUUGCCUUCCGGUGUUAUUCCGCCACAGCGGCGUUCAUGACAUAAACAGUCUGUUUAAUAAGGCAGUUGUCAUCGGCUUUCCGGGAAAGUAGCCAAUAAUCUGGUUAAUACGUUAGUUUUCCAACUCUGCCGGUGCCUUGGUCUGAAAUCCGAUAAAUCUGGUUAGUUCUCUCAACCUGCCAUGUGCCGUGCACGAGGAACGCUCUCUCUCUGCAUCCUGAUGCUGUUCUGUAGUACUGGCUGGACUGGGACGGAGAUACAAGAGAUCUAUGAAAGCAGUUACUAUAACAACAACGACGGUCUGCUGGCAGUGGAUAACUCUACUAACACAUGCUUCGAGUCUGGCAGGGAACGGGCGCCUUGGCUAGCACUCAACAUGGCCGCCUUGACAAGUGUAAAGGGAGUUUUUAUUCAAGGUCUUCUGGCUCCCAUGGGCUACUCUGUAUCAGUGAUGACGGGCUGUGAUCGUAUUGGUCGAUCCCUGAAUUGUCGUGUUACCCAGCACUGCGUCUACCAAGACGUCAUGCCCACGUGGGAAUCACAUGACACCUACGUCACCUUCGAUUGUGGGCGGAGUUUAAAUGGAACGCAUAUCAACAUAGCUGCAGUUGAAAACAAAAUUGUAAAGAAACUUAGGCUGUGUGACAUACAGUUUAUGGUGUAGAGAUAAUCCAUGGUCUACCAAUACUCACGUGACACACAACCCGUGCUUGUGCCACUACGAGUUUGUUUGCAGUCCUAAAAUUACUUCCGGCGAUUUUAUUUGUGACGAUCGUAUUGAUUUUAAUUUACUGCUUAAACAGGAAGAACGAGAUAACUUCGAUUGAUUAUAAUGAAUUGCAUGUAUAUAAUUGUCAUUAACUUCAUUGGCAGUAAUAUCUUGGCCUUCCUAUACAAAGUAUAUCAGAGGUAUUUUAAUGGUUUUGUUCCCUA